CGCCAAAAUCUAGACGGCUAGCCGGAAUAUUAGCCAAAAGACUCCUGGCUCCAAACAUAACACAGAAUAGGAAGGUGGAGUGCGUUUGGUUUGUUUACAGUGGCAGCCCGAAACAUCAUCUGUAAGCGUGCAUUCUUGUAGAUUCAAUAGGUAAAUUUGAUGUCCCCGCCCAGUUAGGACGCCCCGUGACAAUUAUUAGAGCUCUCUAAACAACUACUGAAAAUUAUAGUGUUAGCUGCUCUGACAGGUGAAGCUAUCUAACCUAUUAUGGAAGUAAAUAUCUAAUAAUAGUUACAAUUAUUUUGAAACUAUAAAUAUUUAUGUUCACAAAAUAUGAAAUUUUAUAUAUAUUUACCAUCUCCAAGAUUUUUAACGAGUGAAAGUAACAUUACACGAUUGGAAAUAUACUAAUUUCAAAGAGUGAAACGUAAUUACAGAGUUUUUAUUUAAGUAUCAAAGGUUGAAUGUACAUCAAAAGGCCCUAACUGUCUAAUAUUACAAAUACAGUCAUGUGGAAAAGAAAGAAAAACUAAGUGCAACAUAUGAUUCAGUAGUGUUUGGAAGUUUUAGCAGCAGUAACUUGAUGCCAUGUUUUUUUUUUUUAUUACUUUCUGAUGCUCUUCAUGGAGCUGCUGAAGGAGGAAGAGAGGAAGGUCCUGGUGGAGCAGAUUAUCUUUGCCUGGUUCUGACGAGGAUGAGUGCAGAAGCAGCAGACCGUGUGGCCGCUGUGACCAGCAGUCGGCCUGGCACGCCUCUUCAGACUUCCUGGUUUGAGUUUCUCCUCGACGACAGCCUGCUGGAGAAACACUUGCAGAAAUCAAACCCAGACCCAGCACCAGUGCAGCUCAUCAUCCAGUUCCUGGAGCAGGCGUCGAAGCCAUCAGUGAAUGAGCAGAAUCAGGUCCAGCCUCCAGCCGACAACCGUCGGAACCGCACAUUGAAGCUGCUUGCACUGAAAGUAGCUGCUCACAUGAAAUGGGAUCUUGAGGUGCUUGAGAAAGGAUUGACCAUUCCUGUGUUAAACAUGCUGCUGAAUGAACUCCUGUGUGUGAGCAAAGUGCCGCCAGGGGUGAAACAUGUGGACCUGGACCUCUCUACUCUUCCUCCCACCACUGCCAUGGCUGUCAUCAUCUACAACCGCUGGGCCAUCAGAACAAUUGUGCUGAGCAGCUUUCCAGAGAAACAAACCAAACCUGGACCCCACCAGAUAAACAUGUUGAAUAUUGUACAGCAGGAGAAAGAAAUGACUGAAAACAUCCUCACUGUGCUAAAGGAGCAGGCGGCUGAUUCCAUCAGUGUGCUGGAAGGAGCUGUGAGACUGAAGAAAGACUUCUACGUUCACACCAUGAGGACUCUGGACCUGCUGGCCGCAGACACUGCUGCCAACGGAGAGACAGAGUCUUCGACCGCAGGGCUUCGCAUCAGCGCCGAUGAGCUGCACUGCCAGGUGCAUUAUGAUUUAGGAGGCAUUUUCUUCCAUCAAGGCUGCACAGACCUGCCAAUCUAUGAGAAAGCUCGGGAUCACUUUAGACAGACAAAGGAGCUUUUAAAGAAGCUAGACUCAACGGUUCAUGUUCACCUGGAUGAGAAGCGCCUGGCUGGAUACUGGAACGCCUGUAGAGCUUUGACUGGAGACUGUGACCCCUCUGACCCCCAGACGACACCCUACGACCAGAUUAACAGCCUGAUCCGGGCUCACAACUACCCGGCCGUCAUUGAAGCCUUCAUCAAAGACAACAUAACGCGUAGUUUGCCAAACCACUUCAGACGGUCUGUUCUCCGGGAGUUCUUGUAUAAAGUCCAACAAGGGGAAUCAGGCCUGGAUGAGGUGUGUCACAAACUCUGUGUCUGCAACGCCGUCCGCGACACUCUGGAAGGAGAGAUCCUCAGCGUGCGUUUUCAGCAGCUGCUCCUUAAGCCUAGCAAACAAGUGGUGGACUUCAUUUUAGAGGUGUGCACACGCUCGCUGGAAAAAGACCGUCCAUCUGAGGCGUCCAGAAGAAACAUGGCUAAUUUCUUGAAGACUCUGUGUGAAAGCUUGGAGGACCUGUCUCUGGUGUUUGUGGUGUCAUCCCAUAAGCUCUUCAUGGAGCUGCUGAAGGAGGAAGAGAGGAAGGUCCUGGUGGAGCAGAUGAGGAAGAGGUCGGCCACAAUCAACCUCAGUGCCAAACCUCUGCCUUCCUUCUACGACAUUCCAGCUUCAGCUAGUGUGAACAUUGGCCAGCUGGAGCAGCAGCUCAUCCUUUCACUGGAGCCACGCAGGAUCAGACAGAUCCUCAUUGAACUCCACGGCCUGGCUGAACGACCUUUCUGGAGGGUCAACAGCAAGUGGGAGGUUCCUCCAGACUACAUUAAUGUGAUCCUCGGCAUUAAAGACAACCUGACCAAGGACCUGGUUUAUAUCCUCAUGGCCAAAGGACUCCACUGCAUUUCAAUAAAGGACUUCGCUCAUGCACGGCAGCUUUUCUCAGCCUGUCUGGAGCUCGUCACAGAGUUUUCCCCGAAGCUGAGGCAGGUGAUGCUGAAUGAGAUCUUGCUGCUGGAGGUCCGCGCACACGAGGCGAUGGCGGCCGAGGGGAGCAAGGAGCGGCCGCCCUCUGACUUGGUCAGCAGGGUCAGAGGUUACCUGGAGAUGAGGAUUCAUGAUCUGCCUCUACGUCAGGUGGUGGGAGAGGAGUGUGUCGCCUUCAUGUUGAACUGGAGGGAGAACGACUACCUGACUCUGCAGGUGUCACCGUCUCUGGUCAUGAACAACCCGUACAUCAAGCUUGGCCAGCUCCUGGCAUCCACGUGUAAGGAGCUUCCAGGUCCUAAAGAAAGUCGGCGCACCGCCAAGGAGCUCUGGGAUGUGGUGGUUCAGAUCUGCAGCAUCUCCAUCCAACACAAGAGGAACAGCGACGGCCGAAUUGGCCUCAUUAAACAGAGAGAGUCCUCCAUGGGCAUCCUGCACCGGAGCAAAUUCAUCACUUUCACCAAGAAAAUUAGAGAGCCGCUGGUGCUGACGACUCUGAUCUCACUGUUUGUGAGACUCCACAGUAUAGUCAGGGAUGACAUUGUAAAUGAAGUUACUGCAGAACAUCUCUCCAUCUGGCCAUCUUCUCUUCCAAACAUACAGGCAGUGGAUGUGGAAGCUGUGGCUGUGACAGUCAAGGAGUUGGUUUCCUAUGCUCUCACUCUAAACCCCAAUAACCAAUCAUGGCUCAUCACACAAGCCGACAUUUACUUUGUGACCAAUCAGUACUCUGCAGCUCUGAACCUUUACCUGCAGGCUGGAGCUGUGUGCUCGGACUUCUUCACCAAAGCCGUCCCCCCCGACAUCUACACUGACCAGGUUCUGAAGAGGAUGAUUAAAUGCUGUUCAAUGCUGAACUGCCACACACAGGUUGCUGUUCUGUGCCAGUUUCUGAGAGAAGUCGACUACAUGACAGCGUUCAAAGCGCUUCAGGAGCAGAACAGGUACGGCCCUGGAGGACACAUUACAUUACCCACAGAGCCAGCGCCCCCCGCGACCCUGAAAAGGAGAAGCAGAAGCAAAUGGAUGGAUGGACAUUCUCUCCAGUGUCGAUUUAGCUUCCUGAUUUUUUGCUCAGAUAUUCACCACAAACGAGGAGAGACUGAGAAGAGACAAAUAGCGAUAAAAGCGAUUGGACAGACAGAACUGAACACCAGUAAUCCAGAGGAAGUGCUGCAGCUGGCUGCGCAGAAGAGGAAGAAGAGAUUCCUGCAGGCGAUGGCCAAACUGUACUUUUAGUAAACACACGAACCACUGUCAGAUUUCACAGGGUGGGGAUGAAGAUUUUAUUUUGUGGUAACAAGUACAUGGUAAUUUGUAUUAUUUUCAACUUUUGCAAUAAACUUAUAAAACCAAAA